UCUCGUAUCUCAUCAACACCCAUCAUCUCUCUAUAACUCUCUCUCUCUCUCUUAUAUUCUUCUUCUUCACUCUCUUUCUUGAUAUCUCUGUUUUACACAAACACAGUUCAAGAACUAACUUAUUUUCAGAAAAAGGCAAAAAAAAACAAGCUUCCAUUCUCUAGUAAUGGGUUCUUGCCUCAGUUCUCGUAUCAAUAAUAAGAGCAGUGGUCUCUACGACCUUCAUCUCUCAAGUGUCCAAUCGUCAUCAUCAUCAGCAGCUCAUAAGAGAGAAGGAGAGAUACUUAGCAAGGCCAACGUCAAAAGCUUCACUUACAACGAGCUUAAACUCGCGACCAGAAACUUCAGAUCGGACUCUGUUGUCGGAGAAGGAGGAUUUGGAACUGUCUAUAGAGGUUGGAUCGAUGAGACAACUCUUGCUCCAACUAAAUCCAGUUCUGGUCUUGUAAUUGCUGUCAAGCGGCUUAACCCUGAUGGGUUUCAAGGUCACCGUGAAUGGCUGACAGAGAUUAACUACUUGGGACAGUUAAGUCACCCGAACUUAGUUAAACUGAUUGGUUACUGUUUGGAAGAUGAGCAAAGACUUCUUGUGUAUGAGUUUAUGCAUAAGGGUAGUCUUGAGGAUCAUCUCUUCCCAAGUGGUGUGAAGUGUAAGCCGCUCUCUUGGACCUUACGAGUUAAGGUUGCCCUUGAUGCAGCUAAAGGUCUAGCGUUUCUUCAUAGUGACCCUGUCAAAGUCAUUUACCGAGACAUCAAGGCCUCUAACAUCUUACUUGACUCGGCCUUCAAUGGAAAACUUUCAGACUUUGGGUUAGCUAGAGACGGUCCAAUGGGAGAAACAAGCUAUGUUAGUACAAGAGUUAUGGGUACAUUUGGCUAUGCUGCUCCUGAGUAUGUUUCCACAGGACACUUGAAUGCUAGAAGCGAUGUGUACAGUUUCGGAGUUGUGCUUCUAGAAAUACUAACUGGAAGGAGAGCAUUGGACCAUAACAGACCAGCCAGGGAGCACAACCUUGUGGACUGGGCUCGGCCAUACCUCACAAGCAAGAGAAAGGUUCUACUAAUUGUGGACUCUCGUCUUGAGUCACAGUACAAACCUGAAGAGGCGGUGAGAUUGGCUAGCAUUGCUGUGCAGUGCAUCUCGUCCGAACCCAAGUCAAGACCAACCAUGGACCAAGUGGUCCGAGCUUUGAUUCAACUGCAGCAAAGCAUGGCUAAACCGGCUAAAGUUGACCACCCGGGUAAAGAUACCAAGAAAGUUGUGGGACUGAAAACCGAAGACAAGUACCAGAAAAAAGGUUAUAACAAGAAAACAGUUGGUUUGUAGUAGGUGGAUAAGGAUGUUGUUACUUACUGUCGUUAGGUCUCACAUAUCAUCGUGUGUUGUAUAAUAUUGCGUGUAGUGAUUUUGUGACAGUGGCUGUAAUUUUGCUCUUGAUAUACUUAUUUGGAGUUUUUUUUCUUCUUGUUUUCUCUGUGUAUUGGAUUGGAUACAUAGUUGUAAUUUUAUUAACUAUGCCAUCUCAUACAAUUUUUGUUUUUGUUCUCUCUUUUCCAAACAUGGUUUACAUUUUUGUCAAACUCUUUCUUGCAUCUAAUCAGCAAGUAUAGAUACAUACAGUGCCGGUCUAACAUUUAAAAAAAUU